GUGUGGGCAGGCUCAGGCGGGCUGGGGUUUGGGAGGUUUGGGUGAACCUGGGAAGACCCCUAACUUUCCUCAUGUUAGGGGAUCCAUAUCUGUCAGCAGACGAGCCAUAGAAACCAGGAAAUCCCCAAGCUCCAGUGAGCUGCUCUGAAAUGACUUCGCUGAGCUAAACGCUGGUGACAUGCAGUUGACCUCAGUUUACAAAGUAUUUAAAAAUGUUGCCAAAAAUUAUGAUAUAAUGAACGACGCCAUGAGCCUCGGCAUUCACAGGUUAUGGAAAGAUGCACUGAUUCGUAUGAUGAACCCACUGCCUGGAACAAAGCUGCUUGAUGUGGCUGGAGGAACAGGGGAUAUAGCCUUUAGGUUCAUGGAUUAUGUAAGAAUGCAGCAGGAAAGACAGAGUCGACAAGCAGUAAAAUCUAACCAGAGCCCAUCAUGGCAACAAAUCAGUGACUUCUAUCAACAGCAGAAUAAAUCAGAUUCUGAUUUGGGAUCAAAGGCAGUCAUCUGUGAUAUCAAUAAGGAAAUGUUAAAAGUUGGGAGGCAAAAAGCAGAACAGUUGCACUAUUCUGAAGGUCUGUCCUGGGUGGUGGGAAAUGCAGAAGAGCUGCCGUUUGACGAUGACAAGUUUGAUGUUUAUACAAUUGCUUUUGGAAUUAGAAAUGUCACUCAUAUUGAUCACGUGCUGCAAGAGGCCUAUCGUGUUUUGAAGCCAGGUGGAAGAUUCAUGUGUUUGGAAUUCAGCAAAGUACAGAAUCCAGUCAUUUCCAGGUUGUAUAAUUUGUACAGUUUUCAAGUGAUACCUGUGCUGGGUGAGGUCAUUGCUGCUGAUUGGAAAUCCUACCAAUACCUAGUAGAAAGUAUCCAACGGUUUCCUGAUCAGGAGGAGUUCAAAGCAAUGAUUGAAGACGCAGGGUUUUACCGGGUGGAAUACAGCAACAUGACAUCAGGGAUUGUGGCUGUUCACUCUGGAUUUAAGCUCUAAAUUUGAAGUGAUGGAAGUAAAAUAGACUGCUGCCUGCUGCGAGACCCUGCUUUCAUUGUCUCAGAUGCAAGAUUACAGAUAGUUUGUGAGUGAUCACAUUGCACUGCCAAGAUGCUGUAAUACUUCCAGCUGUGCAAUUAUCAGUAAGAGUCAAGGGGAUUGUGCUGCAUUAUAGUCUUACUUGUUUUAAAGUGUAAACACGCGGGUGCAUGUCUGCUCCAGUUAUAUACAUGUGUUUUCCUCUGUGAGGAUGUAGCUCCAGUAUCUUCAAAGUUAUGGUAAUAAUCAGUGUAUUAAACCCUAAGGCGUGAAGGAAAUAUGUUUGCCACUGAUAUUCAAACUUUGCCAGCAGAAGUGGUUAUUAAACUAGGCUGCCAAAUUUAUGUACUUCUAUUUAAGAAAUCAAGGAUUUAGCAUUUCGUAUUUUCACUGAAAUAUACUGGAUAGAAUCUGUUGUAUUUUUUUAUCUGCUCUUUCAGCAAGGAAAAGACCUUAAUCUAGUUUCAUGUCAACAAAAAUACAUUUCUCUCUGUGCAUCUUAAAAACCUAAAGUAAACUCUUCAGGAUUUCAUACCAGCAAGCAUUUCCAUUUGCAUCAUUGUGAAAAUAAGUGGUCUGAAGCAAAUGUUUAAACAAAAACACAGAAUCAAAGUGAGACAGGGCAAAUGUCCCACAGUUUCCUUUUUCAACUGAACCUCACCCGUUAUUGCCCUAAGAAGUUAGUGUCUCAGUAGCCUUUAUAGGAAACCCCUCUUUGCAAUGGGAAUCCAUAGUUAUAAUUGACAAGACCAACGUUUGGUUCCAGCACUAAAGAACAUGGCAUACACUAUUCCUCAGUAAUGAACAGGUUAUGUCAUUGUAAUUCUGAAAUGGAGACUAUGUGCAUUUUGUAUGUUUAGUUCUGCGGUGUAGAGUUUGAUUUUUGUGUGUGGUGGGCAUUUGUCUAUACACGAUUUGCAGGAUUGACCGAACCUAUUUAAAUGUUCUAAUGGUUGAAUAAAAGACUCUUUCUAGUUGGA